AUGAAUAAUCUCAUACGCUCAAGCCUGUGGCUCGGUAUUUCUUCAAAUAGCACGAAGCUCGUUCGUUCACUCACAGAUCACGAUUUUGCAGAACGUGAUGCGUAUUUUAACAGGAAGGGAUUCCAUAACCACUUUAUACAUGGUGUAUACGCCGCAUACUCUCUUGGUGCACAACCAAAGACUAUACAGCGAAUCGCAGACGCAUUAGCGAGCUACCAGCAGCCCCUUAGACCAGUUGAAAAGGGUACACCGAUCAACCAAUCUAAUUGGAAUGACAAGCAGUUGCUCGGGAAGCGAGACAACUAUCCAACCUACUUGAACUAUUUCAGGGAGGAAGUAGACAAAACAAAGGAUACAGCAUCAUUGUUGGAUAAAUACAUAUAUAGUCGCAUAGCUAAUGAAGUUGGUGUAGAUAUGCUUUCUAGGUUUUUCAGUGGCUUGAUACAUCCUAUUAUACAUCUUGGCUAUGCGCUUGAAUUCGAACACGUCGAUAACAAACGUGAGGUUCUAGCUCAGGCAUUGGCAUGGACAGCGACACAUCCAUCAGACUUCUCCGCUGUUCUACCACAAGAUUUAUGGUCAAAUCCUGAAAAAGAGAACGCUCAGCGCAAGUCUUCUCUACAAGUCUACUUUGAUGUUCUCAAGGAUGAAAAAUAUUCGGCAAAUAGUCCAGACACGCCUACGUUAAACCACGAUUUCCCUGUAUCUGCGACGGUCAAGUCAGCUGGUGGAAUGCUUCUCGAAGAAGCCUCUCAUUUCGAUCUCCCUGCUAGUGAUAUACCCAAGCGCCAGGACGAGCUCUGCAGGGAACUAGCAUACACUGCUAUGCUCAUGUAUGCAUCUGGUGGAUAUAAGGCAGGCAAAAAGUUCAAGCCGGAGUUCAUCCUAGUUCAUAUCCUCAACUCGUCACAUUUUAUUCCCUUUAUACUUCACUACACGCCUUCCGCAAUCAAUAAGAGGCUCCUCCUGUCAGCUUACUUUAGAGUUAUCUUGACUGUCUAUGUUUCGCGCGGCAGGCCAUCUCUCGACGCUGAGGUUAUCAAGAAGAGGGAAAUUCCUGAAGACGAAACGAAUAUUUGGCUAGGUAUUGUAGAUGAUGGUCUCAAGCAGGAUGAUGAGCAUGUCUUAAAGGCUAUUCGUACUCUUGCUUUCCACGAUAGCAAGUAUAGCGAAGACGUUCCACCUGAAGUUUCCUCUGUUAGCCUUGAUGGCAGUAUAUGGAGCAGAGUCGCUCACCAGCAUAUCAACGCGUUCAAGAGCGGUAGCGCAUGGAGUUAUGAAAGACCAGGUUUUGAAGAAAGUUGGGCUAAUGAUCAGGUCGUUUACGAUUGUGAGUAG